CGCGAGGGGAGGGGGCUGCGUCACGUGGGCGGGCGGGGGUUAAAUGGACGCUCAAGCCGAUUAUGAAAAAGGCCACCGAGCUCCCGCCGCAAUCUGCGCCGCUCCUCACAGCGCGCGGCUGCAGCUGCGGAGGAUGUUUGCGGCGUCUGCGCAGAUCUCCUGAGCUCUGCAGACACUCGGAUGAAGAAACAAGGACUUUGUACUUUUUAAACAUGGAGGUUUAUUUCUGGAGAACUUUUUGAUCAACUUUGAACAUUUUUUUAACUUCAGAUAUUUUAAAUUUGAUUUUACAGUCAAAUGUAAAAUGGCUUCUGGAUCAAACUGUGUCAGAAGCUGAUCUUCCUGCAGACGCUUCCUGCAGACGUCCCUCAUCCUGCAGACGUCCCUCAUCCUGCAGACGUCCCUCAUCCUGCAGACGUCCCUCAUCCUGCAGACGUCCCUCUUCCUGCAGACGUCCCUCCUCCCGAAGACGUCCCUCAUCCUGCAGACGUCCCUCAUCCUGCAGACGUCCCUCUUCCCGAAGACGUCCCUCUUCCUGUUCAGGUCUUCUAAACUCCAGUCAUGACCAGCCCAGCCAGGAGUGCUGCAGAGGAGCAGAAGGUCGUGGGGGAAAGUCCGUCCCACAAACCAGAGAUCUCCAGGUACCGCAGCUGGAGCAGCCUCCGCUUCUCCAGGUGGAGAAGCGGCUCCCAGAGGACCACCCCCCCAGCCACUCCAUCCCCAAAGACAGAAAAGAGGAGCGACGUGACCAGGACGCUCUUCUCCUUGGUCAAGACCCACAACGAUGACUACACGGCCGACCCCGACGGCCUGCUGGACAUCAACGGCGAGGGCGAAGGCGGCAUGGAUGAGAUCCUCCAGGACCAGUCCACCUACUUCCAGAAGCAGCUGGGCUCCAUGCUGCAGCCCGGCGUCAACAAGUUCUCCCUGCGCAUGUUUGGCAGCCACAAAGGGGUUGCUGCGGAGCAGGAGAGGGUCAAGAGCUUCGGCGUGUGGAUCAUCCACCCCUACAGUGACUUCAGGUUCUACUGGGACAUCGUCAUGCUCCUGCUGAUGAUGAGCAACCUGGUGAUUUUGCCCUGGGGCAUCACCUUCUUCGAGGACCAGAACACGCUGCCCUGGAUCGUCUUCAACGUCCUGUCGGACACGCUCUUCCUCAUGGAUCUCAUCUUCAACUUCCGCACCGGCAUCCUGGUGGAGGACAGUCACGUCAUCCUGGACCCCAAAGAGAUCCGGAUGCACUACAUCCGGACCUGGUUCCUGGUCGACUUCGUCUCCUCCAUCCCGGUCGACUACAUCUUUCUGGUGGUGGACCUGGAGGGGCGGCACGAGUCGUCUGACGUGUACCGCACCGCCCGCGCCCUCCGCAUCGUCCGUUUCACCAAGAUCCUCAGUCUGCUGCGUCUGCUGCGGUUGUCCCGCCUGAUCCGAUACAUCCACCAGUGGGAAGAGAUCUUCCACAUGACCUAUGACCUGGCCAGCGCCGUGGUGCGGAUCGUGAACCUGAUCGGGAUGAUGCUGCUGCUGUGCCACUGGGACGGCUGCCUGACCUUCAUGGUGCCCAUGCUGCAGGACUUCCCUCCAGACUGCUGGGUUUACAGGAACAACAUGGUGAAUGCAACCUGGCACAUCCAGUACUCCUACGCCCUUUUCAUGGCCAUGAGCCACAUGCUCUGUAUCGGGUAUGGCGCCAACCCCCCCGAGGGCAUGACUGACGUCUGGCUGACCAUGAUCAGCAUGGUCGUGGGCGCUACCUGCUACGCCAUGUUCCUGGGCCACGCCACCAAUCUGGUCCAGUCUUUGGACGCGUCGCACCGGCAGUACCAGGAGAAGUACAAGCAGGUGGAGCAGUACAUGUCCUUCCAUAAACUCCCCGCGGACGUGAGGCAAAGGAUCCACGACUACUACGAGCAUCGCUUCCAGGGCAAGAUGUUCGACGAGGACAGCAUCCUGGGGGAGCUGAGCGACCCUCUGAAGGAGGAGAUCGUCAGCUAUAACUGCCGCGGCCUCGUCGCCAACAUGCCGCUCUUCGCCAACACUGACCCUCAUUUCGUGACGGUAAUCCUGACCAAGCUUCGCUUCGAGGUCUUUCAACCCGCAGAUUUCAUCAUACGAGAAGGAACGCUGGGUCGCAAAAUGUACUUCAUCCAGCACGGCACCGUCACGGUCAUUCCCCGCGGAAGUAAGGAGAUUAGACUCAGCGAUGGAGCAUAUUUCGGGGAGAUCUGCCUGCUGACUCAGGGACGCCGCACGGCCAGCGUGAGGGCGGAGACCUACUGCCGCCUGUACUCGCUGAGCGCAGACGACUUCAACGAGGUCCUGGAGGAGCAUCCUCUGAUGAGGAGGGCCUUCGAGAGUGUGGCGGUGGACCGCCUGGACAGGGUCUCCCGACGGUCCAGCUAUCAGCCCCCGACCGACCCCGAGUGACCUCCGACCUCUGACCCAAACGCCACUUUACAGCUUGUGGUUCUGGAGAAACUCCAACCAGUCAGACAGUUUGUUUCAAACAUGCUAAAAUGAAUUUAGUGCAGACGGAAAGAACACGGAGAGAAACCCAAAUGUUAUUAAUAAUAUGAGCUUUAUCACUAAAACACAAAAUGUUUAUUCUAUUUACCUGAAUGGGGUCAGACGACGUGGGAGGAUUAUGGUCACCAGAAAAGAAUAAAAUAUGAGAAGAAACUUAUGAAACUGUGACUCAAAUUUUACAGAAUAAAAUCACAAAUUUACUCUUUAAAAAGUCAUAAUUUUACAAAUACAAAUGUAGUAGGAAUUUUAUGAAAAUAACAUUCCAAAAACCAAACAAGUGAAGCCGACUGACAGAUUGUUGAGCAGCGUGACGUCCAUCCUCUCAGUCGUCUGCUGCAUCAGGUAAACUUGUUCUUGUUCAAACAUUUUAAAAACUGAAUGUAACAUUUUAUUUUGAAAAAAUGUUUCCUUGCAAAGUCAGAACUUUUUGAAGCAACUUUUACAACUUUAUUCCUGUAAAUUGUGAAAGUUUUUCUCAAACUUGUGUAACUUUAUUCCCAUAAAAUGACCUUUUUUCAUACUUUAUUCUCAUAUAUUUCCUUUCCUGUUGGCCCUAAUACUCCAUCGGAAUUCGCUGAUGGAUGUUUGGAACUUUUUGUUACUGUUGUCAAAUUCAGGGUUUUGGUUUUCUCCGUCAUUCCUGUGCAGCUUUCAGUUUUUGUAAUCUCACAAACACAUUUGGGUCAUAAAAAGUUGUAUUUCUGAAACCUUCACACUCGUCUGCACAUCCGACCGGCUCCAACGUGGAGCUUCACAUCCGACCGGCUCCACGACUCCAACGUGGAGCUUCACAUCCGACCGGCUCCAACGUGGAGCUUCACAUCCAACCGGCUCCAACGUGGAGCUUCACGUCCGACCGGCUCCAACGUGGAGCUUCACGUCCGACCGGCUCCAACGUGGAGCUUCACAUCCGACCGGCUCCAACGUGGAGCUUCACAUCCGACCGGCUCCAACGUGGAGCUUCACAUCCGACCGGUUCCAACGUGGAGCUUCACAUCCGACCGGCUCCAACGUGGAGCUUCACAUCCGACUCUGCUGCUCAGUCGAGUCUGGAGUUCACAUCCCAGGAAAAUCCAAUGAUGGCAGAAAAUGAUCUGUAAAUAAAACUUUGUUUAUGAUAUUGUUUAUCUAGUUACAUUUCCACCAUAUUGAUGUUGCAUUGCAUCGUCUCUGAUGUCGAUAACUCAGUUCAAAGUUAUGAAUUUAUGUAUAAUUUUGUUUGUGUUUAAAGUACUCAGUGACAAACCAUGAAAACCAUCAAAUCUUAUGUAUAGAGUAUUUAGAAUUUAUGCUUUUUAUCACAGACUGUUUGACUUUUAACCUGAAAAACUGCUUAAAACCGUAACUGUAAUUGAAUGUCUCACAGUUAGCAGCCAAUCGUUUCUAUUGAUUGUUGAUAUCAACCAACAGCUGUUUUUCUAUUCACUCUACUGUCAUCAUUGUGUAAACUCUCAUCAGAUACUUCUAAAAUCUGUUUGCUUUUGCAUCAAUGUGUUCAACUAAAAAGAAAUCACAAUUAUUUCAAAUUCUGAGCUGAAAUUCUUUUUAUGAAAUCAUGUACAUACAAAUAUUUUUGCCCAGAAAACAUAAAUAUACAUUUAUUUUC